GCCAUGCACAGCAGGGGCACGGGCAUACCAUUAUCUUGUCUCGCACUGAAUAAACCGGGAUGCGUUCGGCGUAUGUUUACACUAUACUAUGUCUACUAUUUGUAAGUUCUGUCGGGUACACUCAUAAUUUCUAGGCCCACUUUGACCGUUGGCGUGCAGCAUCAAUUUCUUACUUUCUGAAAGCAUCGUGGAAAACGGUUCGCUAACCGGCUAAAAUGAGUUUCUUCUUGAAUGGCAAAGUAGCUAUCGUCACGGGUGCUAGUUCAGGCAUAGGCGCAGGGAUUGCGCGCCAUUUCGCUCUCCUCGGCUGUUCGCUGGUACUCGUGGGUCGAAACGAGGAAAACCUCCGGCUCGUGCAUGCAGAAUGCGAAGAGAGGGGCCUGGAUGACGACAAGAUUUUAUUGGUCAAAGCAGACUUGGAGAGAGAGAAAGACGUGAAGGAAUUGAUUAAAAGGAGCAUUGAAAAGUUCCAGAAAAUCCACAUUUUGGUAAACAGUGCUGGCGUUUUGUCCUACGGCGGCCUAGAAGAGAUGACCGUGGACCAGUUAGACUCGCUGGUGUCUGGCAACAUCCGAUCUCUUUUCCUCGUUACUAAGCACACUGCUCCCCAUCUUGCCAGGACAAAAGGGUCGGUCGUUAACAUUUCCAGCACGUCCAGUCGUCGAGCGUCUCCAGGUCUCCUUGGAUACGGGAUGACCAAGGCGGCAGUGGACCACUUCACAAAAACAGUUGCAAUCGAACUUGCUCCUAAACAGAUCAGAGUAAAUGCAGUGAGUCCAGGCUUAACUGUGACUCCGCUGUACAAAAAGGCCGCGCCAAGGUGGAAUCCAACCGACGACAAUUUGGAGGAAGAGGGCAAGCGAUGGCAUCCAUUGGGCCGGGCCUGCACUGUAGAGGACGUUGCCCAGUGCGUGGCGUUCCUGGUCUCGGACGAGGCGAGCUUCACCACCGGCGAAAUCAUCCCGGUGGAUGGAGGCCGCCAUGUCGCUCAGUCGCUUCGCUGAGGUCAUUUUUGAACUACCAGUUCUGGCUGGAAAUAGGGAAUACCAUUAAUUGCAGCAGAAUUCAAAAAUAUUCUUGAGUGAUACGAUUAUUGUGUUUCCAAGGAAACCUGGAGUUAGGAAACGGUUUGUAGGCUGUGAUCAUAACUGAAACUUGUGGAAACUUCCAAGACUUUUCCGGAAUUAUUUUAGAUGCUGGUGAGCAUGGGGGGGGCUGAAAUUUUAUGUCUAGUGCGAGUCAAUCACAAGCCACUUACCAGUCAUUCCUCCCCAGACACGGCGCCAUAAAACAAUGCAGUAGCCUACAGACCUGUCUUGAGAUAACCAGGAUCCAUUGUGACCGACCAACGACAAAGUAUCGUCCAGUCUUGAUUAGAAAGCAAAUAGCUUAUGGGCGUUUUCGUGAUAUGUUUUCCUUGAGCCAAACCACUUAUUCCAGGGGCAAAAUUUCUGCUAAAGAAUUCAAUGAACAACUGAAGGCUGGAGGAGGUCAAUUGUGGGGCUAUUUCAAGGAAAUCAGAAUUUUUCAUCCCCUUGCACCUAUUUUUGAUUUCUUUCUUUCCCCGCCCAUUUCCCCCUAGUCCCCUCCCCACGCCCCCCACGCCCAUGUAGCAAUGCCAACAUAAGAGAGAAACAAAUUUACGGUCUGUGUGAUUUCUCCUGUUUGAUUGAUAACUUGAAUGAAAUAAAACAAAUUCCAAUUAUCCAAA